UUCUCUCUACAUCUCCUCUGCCACCUCCCUCCUCUUUCUCGCUCUCUCUCUCUUUCUCCACUCCCUCCCUCUUUCCUCCUCUUCCUCCUCCCAGCCACCUCUUCCUCUCCUCGCCGUGCCGCAUCAGACAUGGAGCAGGCCCGCCCACAGACCAGCGGGGAGGAGGAGCUACAACUGCAGCUGGCUCUGGCCAUGAGCCGAGAGGAGAGUGAAAAGCCUGCUCCCCCGGUGGACACUGAUGAACAGACUCAGCUUCAGAUUGCCCUGAGCCUCAGCAAGGAGGACGCUCAGAAGCCGGCCUCGCCUCCUCCGGUUGCCUUGGAUAUGGAUGAAGAGAGACAGCUCCAGAUCGCCCUGAGCCUGAGCAAAGAGGAGCACCAGCAGGAGCAACGGAGUCGCCAAGGAGACGAGUCGUUGCUCCAAAAAGCUCUGGAGGAGAGUAAACGAGAGGCGGCGUCUGGUGGAAUUGGGUCUGCCAUGAUGGACCUGGUGGAGGUGUUUGCUGUGUCAUCUGAGGUGCCUCCUACUGCUAGUGCCAACUCCUGGAGUCUGCCAGGGGGGAACGUCCGCACCCCUCUCCACCACCCCCUCCCCCUGGCCCAGGCUGCUGCUGGGGCAGCCUCCGACCCCUGGGACUCACUGGGUAAGAGCUGCUCCAUGCCUCUAAAGAACUCAACACAUUAUUCUCUCUACCAAUAG